AUGAGAGUAUCACCAGCAUUAUUGCAGCGCUCGAAACAGCUAAUAGAUAAGUAUGCAUUGUACGUGCCCAAGACGGGAUCAUUCCCUAAGGGGUUUGAAGUAGGCUACAUUGCAUCUGGAGUCAAAAAGAACGGGAAUCUGGACUUGGGUGUCAUCCUGAAUACGAAUAAAUCUCGUCCUUCCACUGCUGCAGCUGUUUUCACGACCAACAAAUUCAAGGCUGCACCAGUUUUAACGUCGAAGAAUGUUCUCGAGGCUGCCGGUGGCAAAAAUAUUAACGCUAUUGUAGUCAAUUCUGGUUGUGCUAACUCAGUUACAGGCGAUCUUGGUAUGAAAGAUGCCCAGGUAAUGAUUGACUUGGUUAACGAUAAAAUUGGUCAAAAAAACUCCACCUUAGUUAUGUCUACAGGCGUCAUCGGGCAACGACUACAAAUGAACAAGAUCAGUGCUGGUAUCAACAAGAUUUUCGGAGAAAAGAAAUUCGGGAGCGAUUUUAACUCCUGGUUGAAUGUAGCCAAAUCAAUCUGCACCACUGACACUUUCCCAAAAUUGGUUACAUCCAAGUUUAAAUUACCGAAUGGUACUGAAUAUACUUUAACGGGUAUGGCUAAAGGUGCAGGAAUGAUCUGUCCCAAUAUGGCCACUUUACUAGGUUUCGUAGUUACAGAUCUUCCUAUCGAAAAUAAGGCAUUGCAAAAAAUGUUAACAUUCGCUACUACUCGUUCAUUUAAUUGUAUUUCAGUCGAUGGUGAUAUGAGCACUAAUGAUACUAUUUGUAUGUUAGCUAACGGCGCUAUUGAUACCAAAGAAAUUACCGAAAGCUCUGAGGAUUUUGAACAAGUAAAAUUACAAGUCACGGAAUUUGCUCAACGCUUGGCUCAACUAGUCGUUCGCGAUGGAGAAGGCUCGACGAAGUUUGUUACUGUCAACGUUAAAAAUGCGUUGCACUUUGAGGAUGCCAAAAUAAUCGCUGAAUCGAUCUCAAAUUCUAUGUUGGUUAAGACGGCAUUGUAUGGGCAAGAUGCCAAUUGGGGGAGAAUCUUAUGCGCCAUCGGGUAUGCAAAGUUGAAUGACUUGAAAUCUCUGGAUGUCAAUAAGAUCAACGUUAGUUUUAUUGCUACUGACGAUUCUGAACCUCGUGAGUUGAAACUUGUUGUUAAUGGUGUGCCACAAUUAGAGAUUGACGAAGCAAGAGCCUCUGAAAUAUUGGCUUUGAAUGAUUUGGAAGUGUCUGUCAACUUAGGAACUGGUAAGGAAACGGCACAAUUUUGGACUUGUGACUUAUCCCAUGAAUAUGUAACGAUUAACGGUGACUACCGUUCGUAA